CGUCUCCUCCUCAGUAAACAAGCAUGGCCGCGCCGAGGAGAAAAUUCACCAUGGAAGAGAAGCGCAGACUGCUGGAAAUGUAUGACCAGCUUCCCCGAAUGAGCCAGAAGAAGGCGGCGAGUCGCCUGAACAUCACCCAGUCUUUGCUGUGGACGCUCCUGCGAAACAGGAGCCUCAUAAUGAGGGGCGACCAGUACGUCCGCUGCGGUAAAGUGCCGAGGCUGGAGGCCGCGCUGUGGCGCUGGAUCGACGGCUCGAGGGGGCAGGGCGACCCGGUAACCGACUUGAUGAUCCACAGGAAGGCGAUGGAUCUGGCCGUGCGUAUGGGAGUGAUGAACUUCAGGGCGAGUCCGACGUGGUACAGCGGCUUUAAGAGACGAGAAGGCACGGUGAGGGCGAGGUACCACAUCUACCCGGACGAUGCGGACCGCACGGAGGGACCAGAGUCGGACAAUGGGCAUCGACCUGCCGCUGGAAGCGGUGGAAGCGUCGGACGCGUCGAGCACCAACAGACCGCAGGGUGGGAAAGAGACGCCAAAGGAGCCGAGCGGCCCGAGGUCCGUUUGGAGCAGAACGAGCCGCCUCUAGUAAAACGUGAGCCCACCGUGGUCAUGGCUGAAAUCAGUGGAGGCAUGCAGACAAUCACCGUGCCAUCGCUUUACCAGAUGAAGGAGGCCAUGAAGACAUUAGCUACGGGCUUGUUGUAUAGGGGGUUCUCAGACUUUAAACUGCUCCACCAGUUCGAGAAAGAGGUGGCUAGUGUUGUGAAGAGAUCCAUGGCUCAGGGAAGCCAAGACAGUUUCCUGGCCUGAUUGAAUGGGACCCUAUUGACAACUUUGCGUUAGUGGCUUUAUGUAGCUUCGUACAGCACUUGUCAUGUGAAGUGCAAGCGCUGCUGGAUGGUAAGGAUGUAACCGUACACAUCCUGAAAAUCACAUUUCAAUUCCGAGGUUAAUAUUGAACUCCAUUUUUAAUAUUUAAUGUGGUGAAAAGGUGCCUGCCGUGAUAGCCCUCUAACAAAACAAACCCCAAAAAUCAUGGCCCCUAGAAUUUAUAAGAGAUUUUAAAAAGCAGAAGCAAACAAACAAAAACAUUGUCUUAAAAAAACUUGAAAUCCAGUAUACAUUGAAACUUGCAGCCUCCAACAGUGUUUUACUGUACAUGUUUAUGAAUGCCAUGAAUGUUCCAUUAUACAGAACGUAACAUCCUCAGCAUGAACGACAAGCAGCUCCUUCAUUUCUGAAUCAUAUACAAAGUACAAUUGUGCUGUAUUUUAAACUCUCAAAAUCUGGAAAUUUGACUAGGAAUAAAGUCACAGAAACGGUUCGCAUUUCUGGCCAUACUGUCGCUUUUGUGCAAGUCGUUUUAGCUGCUUCUUGAAUGCAGUGCUGCUAGAAUAAUGUAUAAAAUGGGGCAGCACCGAUAUGGGAAUUGUGACACAAUGCUGAUGAUAACUGAUAUUUUUCAUGGACGUAUCUGGACAAUGUAGAAACUGGUACUAGAUCCAAAUGAAUUAGCAUUAAAGGGAACAUUCAUCAUUUCAAUUCAAAGGCAACAUUAAUAAAAUCAGUAAAGUACAGACACUUUAGCACUGUAGCCCAGUGCCAACGAAACAUUCUGCUUUUCUGGAGGAUAAAGAUACAUCGUUAAAUAUGAGUCAAAUCUACACAUUUGUCUGAUGUCAGCAUGUUUUUAGGGCUAAUAUCUGCCGAUGCAAAUACGAUUUCGAUGUAAUCAUACAUCCCUAGUAAAAUAAAUACAUUCCUGUGAUGGUUUUCACUUGUGAAAACUGAAAACUCACCACUGUCAAAACUAAAAGCUCAGGAACAUUCCACUUUUGCAUGCACAAUCGGGACCUUAUCUAUGCUGGAAAAGUAUUGACUUCUGUUCAGACAAGUCCUCCUAAUAAAUUCCAGUGAUUCUUGGGAAUUGCUGAGUCAGUCUUACUAGGGAUUUUGACUCCAGCUUAAAUUCACACUAACCCCAUCUCAUUUAAUUACCAUUAGAUUAGCAUGUAAAAUUGCAUGUGUAAAAGGGACUCAAGUCAUUUGAGACAUAGGUGAAUGUUUGUUUCGUAUACACCACUCCCCUCUUCCCUCCCACUUUACUUCAGUAGGGAUGCCUUGUUUUGAUCACUGACCAGUUUCUACAAAAGAUGGCAAAGAAAAUACGGAGAAGAUUGAGGGAUGUUCACCAUGUUCAUUUUAAAACUGUUUAAAACAUUUGUAAACUUUGUAUUCUCACUGUGUGGAUUUGUGAAUUUAUUUUUUAGUAUUGCAAAUUUAGUAGACUUUUUUUCUGACCAUUGCCAUCUGAAGGAGGAACAUGUUGCCAAGUAUUUUUGGUGACUGAUGCGCACUGAACUACAGAGGCCUCCUUUACGUACUAAAAGAUGGACUCAAGGUUGUAAUUAACACUACAGAGGUUUAUGUUGUGAUAGAUCUUUAACAAGUCAUCCACAGAUAUUUAACUUACCAAGUUACUGUUUUGGGCACUAUUUGUUUUAGCAGAUACCUCACAACAAAUGAAGUAGCAAGCAAAACUGCAACAAAGAACCUGUAGGCCAGUGUGAAGUAAUGUUUUGACAGACAUAUUUGCAGAAAUGCUUUCUAAUGUGGCCACAUGAGGUCGCUGUUGGCCACCAUUUCAAUGAUUUUUUUUUUUUUUUUAAAUGUCCCAGUCUGUCAGGGAUGGAAAUGUACACAAACGUCUUUGUUAAUUUUCUUUUUCAACUUGACUAGUUCUGUUGAAUGUCAGUCGUUUAUUCUCAUGUGCAUUAUGUUAAAGUUUUUUUUUUACUGGCAUUGCAAUUUUUGAAAAUAGUUUGUAAAGAACUGUAAAAGUGUUGGGUUCACAAGCUUUAGUUGCACAUAUUGUGCCUUUGUGCCUGAUGAGUGCCAUGAUUUGGACAAAACAUUCUAUUGCUGCAUUUUGUUUCAAUGUGAUGUUAAGAUCUGCAUAAAACAUGAAUGUUAAUUUUUCAGA